ACUUCCUUCUCGGGGGGGAAGGCGAGGGGAAAGAAAAGCGAGAGAGGGAGAGAAAAGUUUGUUGGCGCAUCAGGAGCGCACGGUUUCGCCGGUGGCCUUUGGAGACGCGCGCGCAGAGCGCACCGAGGCGCACCGUCAAGUGGGCGCUCCAGCCUCCAUCCAUGUGAGACCCUCCCCGUUUUGCGGGGUGGGAGGUGGCGGGGAGACUCCGGCGACCGCCGCCCCGACGCCACCACCACCACCACGAUGGCCUCUCCUCCCGGCCGCUCCUCGUCCUGCUCUCCAGCCCCAAUGUCCCCGGCAACGGGAGCAGCAGCAGCCCCCGAGCCGGCGCCGGCUCCGUCGUGCGCCCUGGCCGGCGCCUCGCCUUGCCACGGCGUCUCCUUCCAGAUCCAGAUCGGGCUGACCCGCGAGUUCGUCCUGCUACCCGCAUCUUCCGAUCUCGCCCACGUCAAGCAACUGGCGUGCUCCAUCGUGGAUCAGAAGUUCCCCGAGUGCGGAUUCUACUGCCUCUACGACAAGAUUCUGCUCUUCAAGCAUGACCCAUCCUCGGCCAACAUCCUGCAGCUGGUCCGAGCCGCCAGCGACAUCCAGGAAGGGGACCUGGUGGAGGUGGUACUCUCAGCUUCCGCCACUUUUGAGGACUUCCGGAUCCGACCACACGCCCUCAACGUGCACUCCUAUCGCGCGCCGGCUUUCUGCGACCACUGCGGCGAAAUGCUGUUCGGAUUGGUACGCCAGGGUCUCAAGUGUGAUGGCUGCGGGCUGAACUACCACAAGCGCUGUGCCUUCAGCAUCCCCAACAACUGCAGCGGAGCCCGGAAGCGCCGCCUCUCCUCCACCUCCUUGGCCAACUCUCAGUCCCUGCGCCUCUCCAUCACGGACUCCUUGCCCUCCAGCUCUGAAGAUCUGACCCGGAGCCUGAUAGAGACCUUCCCCCGCCGGCUGACUUCCUCCACCUACAUUGGCCGCCCCAUUGAGCUAGACAAGCUCUUCCUCUCCAAGGUCAAAGUGCCCCACACCUUCCUCAUCCACUCCUACACCCGGCCCACCGUCUGCCAGUACUGCAAGAAGCUCCUCAAAGGCCUCUUCCGCCAGGGCCUCCAAUGCAAAGAUUGCAAGUUCAACUGCCACAAACGUUGCGCGACUCGGGUGCCUAAUGACUGCCUGGGGGAGACGCUGUUUAAUGGCGGAGAUGUGCAGAUGGAAGAAGCCAGCGACCUCAGUGAGGCCGACAAGAACUCGCUCAUGGAUGAAUCGGACGACUCUGGGAUCAUCCCCGGCUCCCAUUCAGAGAACGAGAUGAGGAUGGGCGAGGACUCUGACGACAGCAAGUCCCGGGGAUCCAUGGGCUACAUCCCCCUGAUGCGAGUGGUCCAGUCGGUGCGGCAAACGACCCGCAAGUCCAGCACGGCUCUGAAGGAAGGCUGGGUGGUUCACUUCAGCAACAAGGACACCCUGCGGAAACGCCAUUACUGGCGACUCGACAGCAAAUGCCUCACUCUCUUCCAAAACAACACCAGCAGUCGCUACUACAAGGAGAUUCCGCUCUCGGAGAUCUUGGCCGUGGGUCCGGCCCAGGACUUCUCCCUGCUGCCUUCGGGCGCCAACCCUCACUGCUUUGAAAUCAUCACGGCCAAAGCCACCUACUACGUGGGGGAAAGCGGCGCCCCCAGCAACCACCAGCAUGCCGGGGACAGCCUGGAGAACGCCAGGACGUGGGAGAACGCCAUCCGGCAGGCCCUCAUGCCGGUCGUCCUCCAAGGGGCUCCGAGCGCCCAAGGAGAGGCGCCCCACAGGCAAGCGUCAUUACGAAUCUCUGUGUCCAACAGCCAGAUCCAGGAGAACGUGGAUAUCGCCACCGUCUACCAGAUCUUCCCGGAUGAAGUUUUGGGCUCUGGGCAAUUUGGCGUCGUCUACGGAGGGAAACACCGGAAGACGGGCCGGGACGUGGCGGUGAAAGUGAUUGACAAGCUCCGCUUCCCCACCAAGCAGGAGAGCCAACUGCGCAACGAGGUCGCCAUUUUGCAGAGCCUGAGGCACGCCGGGAUCGUGAACCUGGAGUGCAUGUUCGAGACGCCGGAAAAAGUCUUUGUGGUGAUGGAGAAGCUCCACGGAGACAUGCUGGAAAUGAUCCUGUCUUCGGAAAAGGGCCGGCUGCCCGAGAGACUCACCAAAUUCCUCAUCACGCAGAUCCUGGUGGCUCUGCGGCAUCUGCAUUUCAAGAACAUCGUGCAUUGCGACUUGAAACCCGAGAACGUCCUUUUGGCUUCGGCCGAGCCGUUCCCUCAGGUGAAGCUGUGCGACUUUGGCUUUGCCCGCAUCAUUGGCGAGAAGUCCUUCCGCCGCUCGGUCGUGGGCACCCCGGCCUACCUGGCGCCCGAGGUCCUGCUGAACCAGGGCUACAACCGUUCUCUGGACAUGUGGUCGGUGGGAGUCAUCAUGUACGUCAGCCUCAGCGGCACCUUCCCGUUCAACGAAGACGAGGACAUUAACGACCAGAUCCAGAACGCCGCCUUUAUGUACCCAGCGAACCCCUGGCGCCAGAUCUCAGUUGGUGCCAUUGAUCUGAUCAACAACCUCCUCCAGGUGAAGAUGAGGAAACGUUACAGCGUCGAUAAAUCGCUCAGCCACUCUUGGCUACAGGAUUAUCAAACUUGGCUGGAUCUGCGGGAGUUGGAGAGCAGGAUGGGCGAGCGCUACAUCACCCACGAGAGCGACGACGCCCGGUGGGAGCAGUUUGCCGCUGAGCACAGCGUGCCAUAUCCUGAUCACUUGCGGGUCCGGCGGCUGCACGAGGAGGAGGAGGAGGACGAACAGCAGCGGGAGGUGGACAUGAAGGGCUUGACCGAGAGGGUCAGCGUGCUCUGAGCGCCUCCUGCUUACGGGAAGCUCAAAUGAAGGAUGGACAGGCACGCAGAAUCUCGCACAUGGCGUCGGCUCCGCCCCCUGGGGGCGGGGCCUUGUUCUGAAGGAGGCGGCAGCUCCCCCUGCUGGCAGUGCCAGGGAAGACGCUCUCAGAACUUUGCUCCACUUCACACCCCAAGUUCUCCGAUUCUCUUAUUUUGGGGGGGGGCGUCAUUGCGAGAGAUCAGAAGCUGCUGAAGUAGAGGGAAUGAACGUUGGGCGUCUUGGAACGGACAGGGCGGGGGAAUGAGCCGGGCAUUGUUCGGGUGCCUAAGGAGGGUGUUGCAAUUCUUGACGCAGGAAAAAAUGUUGGGGACCCCCGUCAAUAGAGGUUAUGGGGGGUGUUUAGGUUCUGAAAUCAUCUGCCUCUUGUUCUCCCGCUGUCAGGGGACUGGUUUCCAGUUUGGAACAGGAUUAUGUCUCUUGGGUCAGCCGCAAAACUGACUUUGAAUAUUCCAGUGGAGCAAAAAGACUAUCUCCAUCCUCAGCUUUUAAAAGAGGUGGGCUCUGGAAAACCUCUCUCCAGCGACUUGCUCCUGAAACCUUGUUCUGCUCGGCAAACCUGGAUUAUUUUCUCUCUCAGCCCCCGACCCCCCAGUCUCUGCCCCCCCUCCCCGCCCCCAAAACAUCCCGCCCGCUCCAUUCCUGUUUAAAAACUUGCCGCCUGAAACAACCCAGAAGGAAACAAGACUAGUCCCUUGUGCACGAGAGAGAGACAAAGCCGACUUUUCUUCUUCCAGCCCCAGAGUUAACGGCCAGCCUUCAGCACGGACAUCUUGGCACCCAAGACCUUCACAACAGCCAGAGGCGAUUCAUUGAAAGGGGGGAAAUCGCAAGAGGUGGUUAAGUUUCCAACCUCUCACUCACUUCUUAAAGGGCUGUGUGUUUCUGUAGCCCUGGUCUCUGCCUCUCCUGAAAUGACAGCUGUCUUUUGCGAGGCUCAAAUGAAGCCAAGGAUUCAAAAAACUGAUUUAGUUUUCGGGGGUUUUGAAAGAGGGGAGGGAAACAUCUACAGAGCAGCAGCGAUUGAAGUUUCCGCCUUCAGAUGACCCUGUCCACAUGUUGUGUGUCUUUGCUGCAGACAAAAGUCAGCCUAGAUUAUUGUGGUGUCUUCACACACACACACACACACACACUUCCCAACUGGGACAAAGUCCUUGCCUGCCCGAUAUUGACAGGUCUGGAGCCACAUCUGACGCCCCAGCCCCGUGCGAUCGGCUGCCUUCCUCCCCCUGGCAGAGGACAUCGUGUGCCUCCUGGACUAUGCUCCUGGGUUUUCUGGCAAAAGCGAGGCGCCUCGUUCUAGAUCUGCAAGGAUAUCCCCCCUGCCUUAGCUUUGGACUCCCUUAACCUGGGCAGCUGCAACGCCUCGAAUGUCUCGUUCGGGGGGGAAACAGGGUGGGAACCACCAAAUGUUGUAUUGUAAAUAAAAAUGCACCGGAAGCACAGCUUAAAACCAAA